AUGGCCACUGAUGGACACGGCAAUCAGCAUUUAAGCCAGGAGUCCAGUUCUUACAAGGCCACUUCAAGUUCGCAGCCCUCAAGCUCGCAACGGUCCACUGACGUCGAAAGGUCCCUGCAAUAUUCAGCCAAGAGAGCACAGCGGUUUGUGCAUCGUCGGAAGUCUCCGACGACAGAAAGACCAAUCUUGGGAGAUGAACUGGAGAGGGUAUUUCCGACUUAUUGGGCGAAGAAAGCAACGGAUACUGUCUUCGACUUUGCGCAGCGUCUGAAACGGGGCCCGCUACAAGGUGAGGUGCAGUAUUCCAUUGGACAGCAUGGGCCCGAUGCCUUCAACGCCGAGCUUCGGAUCCAGCUUGAUGAUCUGAAGGACCGGGUCAUCGGAGUGGGCCAGGGAACAACAGAACAAAACGCCAAGGAGGCAGCUGCCGAGUCGUUUCGCACUUCCAAGGAGAUGCGUGAACGAGCCAAGUGCUUGCGUUCCUCUCGAGCAGAUAGGAAUACCGACCGACUUAAAAGCCACAGCGCUGGGCAAGGUUGGACACCAAGCAAACGACGAAGGAAGCUUGAUGAGAGUGAUGCCUUGCCUUCCAAGCAAAAGCGGGCUGACCUCCACAGCACCUGA